GAUACGAGUUGUUGAUAGAGGUUGCCAGGGCAACCAAUCGAAUUAUCAUAUGGAAACUCAUCAGCUGUUCUACAAAUAGAAAGUAUGUUGUGUGUUGGCGAGAGCAUUGUACCGGAGAGAGCUUAUUUUGUUUCGUUGCUGCCGGAGGUAUAUCACAUUUUACAACACGACGAGAGCUCUUGAACAAUGUCUAGUCGAAGGGAAGCAGCGUCAGCAGCAGCAGCAGUUCCUUUGAAGCCGAGCAGUGCACCUUUAGUCUUGCCCAUGAACAGAGCAGUGCCCUUUCGUAGCUCCAUCAAAAUCAACGCUAUGCGUCCGCCAACGGCACACAGCGAUCGAAACGAAGUCAGUUCGCGAGUGGUUAUCACCAGCAAAACAAGUGGCCUCGUAUCCAGAGAUCUCAGCAACAAAAUGAGUUCGAAAAGCAGUUCAAGUGGCGUGACAUCGUCGAAACCUUUGUGGCAGACUGUCAAAUCGUUUGGUGGCCGAUUGGACAGAGUGGCGCCAAGCAACAAACAGGGCAAAGAGAAGAACAACAAGCAAGAACAAAUGGCCACUUCGACUGGCACCGAAUCCAGUGGCGUCUUCUCCAGUUCGGAAAAUGGCAGCUUGAAAGAGUUGAAUAAAGACGUUGUUACGUCCAAUCGAAUUCUACGUCCACCUCAGUCCUCAACUAGUCGACUAACUGCAGCCAUGGCCAAAACGACGAGCAGGCUGGUCAAACGUCCAACGCCCACCGUCACCAGCACCGUUGUUGUAGAUCAAACUGUCGAACUACACAAUCAAAUCCACUUGCUGAAAAUCCAACAUCAUGAACAACUCGAACAGCUCAAGCGUGAACACAACGACAAGUUCCAGAAGGAAAUGACCAUCGCUCUUGCCGAAAAGGAAAACCAAUUCCAACAGCAGUUGGAAACGAAAGAAGCGGCCUGGACAGCCGAAUGGACUGCCCGUCUCGUGGACGAGCGCGCCGAGUUGGAGCGUCAGCUGGCGGAAGAGAGGGCGGCUCGAGCGGAGGCGGCAGAGGCGGCCGCGUCCUCAUUGGCCGAGGAGCGAAAGUCGUGGCAGCAAAAGAUCGAUGCCCUCCUAGAGAAAACGAGGGGCCUGCUGGCCGAGAAAGAGCGGCUCGAGAAGAACUUCCGACAGGAAGUCGAAGUCCAAGUUCAGGCCACAGUGUGCGAAUAUAACGAACUGCAAAAAGAAACGACGUCGCUACAAGCCGUCCUCGAUCUUCGAUGCGAAGAGGUCCGCAAUUUGCGUAGCGAAUUAGAAAAGACGAACAAUGUCGCCAAAGAGGUGCCUUAUCUCCGCGAGCGCGUCACCACACUCGGCAAUAUGGUGGAAGGCCUCAAAGCUCAGCUGGAACAGAAAAACCAAGAAGAAAGACGAUUGCAAUCGGAAGUGAAGAGAUUGGAGGCGAGCUAUAAAGAGGAGGCAACUUUGGUCCAGCGGCUCUCCAUGUACAACGAACAGCUUCGUUACAAGCUGCAGUCGUUGCCCAGGCGCCCGUCACCUACCCACUCACUAAACGACUGCGAUCGAACGAGUCCAACUAAAAGCCACAAUCAGUCGUCGCCGUUCUCUUCGACGCCAUCCGAAACGCCCAGACUCAGUCGAAGGGGCCUGCCCUCGCCCACUUUAAGCCCCAUUAUAUCGGAAAACGGGUCGGGCGAGAACAACAACAACAGCAUUGCCAGUUUAACGCCGGAUGGUGGCGGAACAGGUCAGAUUAAAAGGCGCCGUGACGCCGUCGUCAGUAGCGGGAACGGCCACGGCCGGCGCGCGUCCGUCCAGAGCGACGUGGACGACGUUUUCGGUGCCAACACGUCAACGGAAAUGGCGUCUGAAUUGUCGGAAGCGGCCGCCGAGGCCGGAGGUGACGCCGAGCUGCCGACCGUUCGUGAUUUCACCAAGAAACACGACUCGGUCUCCUACGUCCUCGACUUGGGUGGCGAAAAUUCGCCUUCCGGCUCGGCUGGAAUGCUGCCGUUAAGCGCCACCUAUCACCUCGUGCCGCCCAGCUCGCCCUGGAUGAGCCGCCGUAAUAGCGGAUUGGUCCGUUCAGCCAGUCUGCGCUACCCCCCGAAUCGGCCCUUCAACGCCCAUAAUUGAACUUUGUUUUCUUCCCUUUUUUUUUUUUUUUUUCGAUGCAAACAUCGAGAAGAAAACGAAAAUCACUGCCGUAAAAUUCAUUUAAAGAAAUCCGCUUUGUUCGAUUGCGUUUUGAUGGAUAGUAUUAUGGGAGAAGAACUACGGCCAUUCGUGUGCAGAGGGGAAUAUUUUUUUUUUUUUUUUUAUUUAAUGCAAAACAUUCCGUGGAAAAUAGAAAAGAGAGAGAGAUAGAGAUAAGUUUUAACAAAGGAAAACAAAAAAAAAAAAAUGAUUUCAAUCAGGAAGGUGCCAAAAAGUACGUUCAAAACGAUCCAUCACACUUGUGUUUUAACAUGCAAAUUUUUCAAAGGGGUUGUGCCGUGUGCGUUUGGCACAACUAGAAAAAAAAGGGAUAGUUUGAGAAAAUCGUGGAAACAAAACACAAUGGCAACACAAAAAAAAAAUUUGAUAGUAGCUGAUUUCACGAUGGACACCACGUCAUUUUAUUUUUAUUGUUAUUAUUUUUUACAUUCAUGAUUCAAUCACACAUCACUGACGCAAUAAUCAUCGAUCGAAUUUAAUUCAAUAUAGACAUAUACAUUUUUUUUUAGGGAUUUCUUUUUAUAUGAAAACGUGUGUAGAAAUAAAAUGUACGAAAUUUUUUGUGUGCAUUCUGUUUUUGUUUUGUUUUUUAAUAUGCAAAUGAGACGGAGAGGGAAAGAGAUAGAGUGCCAUUAUUUUAUUAAGGAAUGUUUGUGUUGUUUUUUUUUAAUCACGGACGUCUUCUUUUCAUUAUAUUCACAUACACACGAAACAGUUGUAGUCCGUCCAAUUUUAUCUUUUCUUAAUUUUUUUUUUUUUUUUUACGUUGUGUUGUUAUUUUUGUCUUUGCUUACAUCCUUUUUCUGUUAUUCAAAUCACAUACACACACACACACACACACAUAUACAGUAUAUAUAUAUACAAAAAUCCCCCGGUGACAUAUUUUGUUUGGUUAUCGUCUCGUCAUUUUCGGAGUUUAUUAUUUUUUAUUUUUCGUUAGAAAAUUCUGGGUGGGAUAAAUCUGAAAAAAAAAAAAAGAAAAGAAAAAUGGUGAAAUUUUAGUCUGUCACUGUCUGCGGUAAUAUCAACAAUUCUAUAUAUUAUAUAUAUAUAUAUAAAUUUAUGUAUGUAAACAAUACACGAAUGUAUUUGGUCAAAGAAAA